GGCAGAGCCUCGGGCAGGUGGGUGAUGUCUCCAGUGGGACAGAGUGCCUCACCUCACCUGGCCUGUAUUUAGGAUCAUGGCCUGAACUAUAUCAAGUUGCAAAUAUUUUAGAAUUGAAGUGGCCAUAGAUAAUACCAACCUUUGUCAUGUUUUUGACAGGUCUUAUGUCAGUUUGAGGACAUAACCCUGAGACAUUGCAUCUAUUGUCAGUUUGAAAUCAGUGGCCCAGCCAGGGCUGUCUACUUGUUCUCUAGACAGCCAGUAGUCAGUGACUGCAAAGGGGAUAGUGCAGGAGUAUUCAGCGUUGCUUCUUCGCUGGCAGAAUGGCUUGUUCUGACUGCUAAGGGAGGUAAAGUAGUAGCUACUGGAUACAAGAUAAAAUAGGUGCUUGAAAUAUACUUUCUUAGAGAUGAGACCAAAGGCAUGACUCUCUUGUGGAGAUCAGUCAUGAGAUUGAUAGCUGAUGUCAAAAAGUAACAAUAUGAGGUUCCGCUGUACUGUGCCAGCCAGCAGUUGAUAAUUUGUAGGCACUGUGGGCUCUUGUGUAGUACGAAGAACAAGGUCUGUAAAGCCAGCUUUUGACUUGGCAGGAGGAAAGAACAGUUUUCAGAUUAGCUGGGCCAUGGGCAGCAGUACUUGGAGGUGGGCAUCCAGAAACCAGGAUUGAGAGCAUCAGGAACACAGAGCUGGCCAGGUUGAGGAAUCAGGACUGGAGCAUAGAGACAGGAAUCAAGAGCCAAGUACAUGCCAGGAUUUGAGCCAGAUUUGGAAGCAUCCAGGGAAUCCCGACUUUGAGUGACAGAUGGCUUACUAGACUGCCAUAGCUAAACUGCGAAGCCAGAUGCAGCCCAACUUGCCAAAUUGAGGGAGCGCCUGUGCAUACCGUAUGUACAUGUAUAUACACACACAUACUUCUGCAACCACACAGAUUGGCAGUUGCAUACUUUAGAGAGUUUUUGCAAUUGAUGAAAAUUAAGUCAAGCACCAGAUGGAGCAACCUGACAGCACAAGGACCGAAAGCCCAUGGAAUGCCAUCUGUUACUAGCGGUCAGCUUUCCAUAUGGUCUGCAGCAAGUGAAAAAAGUUUGCAAGAAGCGGAAGAAGAAAAACGCCCUCUGCACAGAAUAAACUACACAGAUACCUCUACAAAAUUCUAAUUUAAAUAAAGCAGUCUGAGCGGAGAGGAGAUACUUCUUGUCCCAAAAUAAGAAAUAAUGCACACGUCUUUGGUGCUUUUCUGCAUUGGACUCUGACAAAUUGAGUUGGGGUGGUUAUGCUUGCCUCUUAAGCAGUGGCGCAUAAUUGUGUGGUAAUGACUGGAAGAAAGCGAGUCCAGGAGCAGUGGGACAGAUUUAGGGGUUGAACUUUAUCAUCUUGUAUUGAGUUUUGCAACUGAAUUUUCUAAUUUUCUGUCGUCUCCCUCCUUGUUUUGGUCUUUGUUUUAUUCCUUGUGAUAUGGUACAAAUGCUAAUCAUUUGAGAUAAAUAUUACUCAAAGCAUUGGGAACACUCUUGAAAAAGUUCUACAGCUGCAAAUGUGGUGAUUGGAAUUAUGAAUCUGCUCUCUAGGGAAGCACCAUUAAAGAAGGAGCCCCUUGAACACGCAAGGGAGACAUCACAAGAAGCAGGAGAAGCAAGGGAAAGCUGUAUGUUCUGUGUGGCUCCCCUAUCUAUUUUUAAUUGGCUGUUUUUCUUCCUUUCUUGAAUCUUGCAAGAUCUGCAAAUAAUUGCUUACUUGAUGUGCUUUUAGCUUUGGCACGUUACAGGAGGAUGAAAAAGAAGUCCUACGAUUCUCUUCUAGUGGAAAAAGGGAAAAGUCAGAGGCAUAAAACAGCCCAAUGUUUUGGAGGAGACUUCAUGAUUCACCUUAGGUGAACAUACCUGCUUUAAAAGCUUCAGAGCAUUAAACAAAAAAACCUACUAAAUGAAAAGGGGCUUUCAUGUUCAUUUCUGCGUGUGUCGUAGCAAAUUGUAAGGAAGCCGACCAGAGAGUCUCCAGUGGAGGUGGUGGGGAAGCCACCAGCUGCAAAGGAAAUGGGACUGCCUUUGGUUUGCAAAGACCACUGGAAUGAUCUGUCGAGUUUGGAGAGGGCUUUCCCAUCUGACCUGACUCGUUGUUGUUAACUGCAGCCAGCUCUGGUCUGUGGUCUCACAUGGUCUGUGUGCCUUUUUUUCCCUUUAUGCAAUCUAUUUCAGCUUUAGCAGCAGAAAUUGGUCUGGUGGGGAAGAUAUGCCAGAGGGAAGAUUGGGGGAAAGAUGAAUGAAUGUCCUAUAUGUGUACGUGUGAAAAUCCAACUGGAGGAAAUCUUUUUAAAGCCUUAAGUUACUUGAAACCUACACAUCUGCAAACCUUUGUCUCUGGAAUUGCAUAAUUCUAUACUGGAAAUCUCAGGCUGUAUGACGAUUCUAUCAAAUUGAGCAAAAAGGCGGCUCACCAUUUCUUUGAACGCCUCUUCUGAAGUAGCUGUUUCUCCAAAGGAUAAGUGUACCCUCACUCUAAUGACUCCAAAUCAAAAUGAACCUAAUUUGUUUUGGUUUUUUUUCAGCAUUACAUUUUCUUAGCCAACUCUCAUCAUCUUUUAUAGAGAAAUUUUUCACUAUGCAUUUGGUGGAUAUUUAUAAAAACAGACCUUCUCUCUGCUCCCUCGUAUUCUGAUCUGUCUAAAACAUUUGGUCUUAUCAAUAAAACAAACAUUGACUUAGGUUUUCUGCACUAGACAAAGUACUUUCUUAUGUCAAAAGGGAAAAAUACGGCAAAGGAUGUAUGCAGCAGUGGAACAUGGGCCUGUCCUCUGCAGUGAUUCCAACAUCCUCUGCCUCUCUUGGAAAGGCAGGGUACCGAAGAGUGAAAAAGAGAAACCUGUGUGUCGGAGGCGAUAUUAUGAAGAAGGCUGGCUUGCAACAGGCAACGGCAGGGGAGUUGUAGGGGUUACCUUUACCUCUAGCCACUGUAGAAGAGACAGGAACACUCCCCAGCGGAUCAACUUUAACUUAAGGGGCCACAACAGUGAGGUGGUGCUUGUAAGGUGGAAUGAACCAUUUCAGAAGCUGGCAACAUGUGAUGCAGAUGGUGGAAUAUUUGUUUGGAUUCAGUAUGAAGGCAGGUGGUCUGUGGAACUUGUGAAUGAUCGUGGGGCACAGGUGAGUGAUUUUACAUGGAGCCAUGAUGGAACACAAGCACUUAUCUCCUAUAGAGAUGGUUUUGUGCUAGUUGGAUCAGUCAGUGGACAAAGACACUGGUCUUCGGAGAUUAACUUGGAGAGUCAGAUCACCUGUGGUAUAUGGACUCCUGAUGAUCAACAGGUCCUAUUUGGCACUGCUGAUGGUCAGGUUAUUGUCAUGGACUGCCAUGGCCGAAUGCUGGCACAUGUUCUCCUUCAUGAGUCUGAUGGCAUCCUUAGCAUGUCCUGGAACUACCCAAGCUUCUUGGUGGAAGACAGCAGUGAAAGUGACACCGAUUCUGAUGAUUAUUCCCCACCACAAGAUGGCCCAGCUGCAUAUCCAGUCCUGGUUCAGAACACCAAACCACUACUCACUGUCAGCUUCACAUCAGGAGACAUUAGCUUAAUGAACAACUAUGACGACUUGUCUCCUACUAUCAUCCGCUCAGGGUUGAAAGAUGUAGUGGCUCAGUGGUGCACACAGGGAGACUUGCUGGCUGUAGCAGGCAUGGAAAAGCUAAGCCAGCUGGCUGAAUUUAGCAGUGCUUCCUUUCUGAAAAGUGCACUGGUCAAGUUCUACAAUGUUCAUGGAGAACAUAUCUAUACCCUGGAGACAUCUGUGCAGCGUCCCAUAAUCUCAAUUUGCUGGGGCCACAGGGACUCACGUCUGCUCAUGGCUUCUGGCCCUGCACUCUACGUUGUCAGAGUGGAACACAGAGUGUCCAGCUUACAGCUCCUGUGCCAACAAACCAUUGCUAGCUCCUUGCGAGAUGACAAAGAUAUCAGCAAGCUGACCCUGCCUCCCCGGCUCUGCUCAUACCUCACUACUGCCUUUACACCAACUAUCAAGCCUCCUAUCCCAGACCCUAACAACAUGAGAGAUUUUGUUAGCUACCCAACAUCAGGCAAUGAAAGGCUUCAUUGUACAAUGAAGAGAACAGAAGAUGACCCAGAAGUUGGAGGUCCUUGCUAUACAUUGUAUUUGGAAUACUUAGGGGGGCUGGUGCCUAUCUUGAAAGGACGCCGCAUUAGUAAACUGCGGCCUGAAUUUGUCAUCAUGGAUCCUAAGACUGAUGGAAAAGCAGAUGAAAUCUAUGGAAAUAGUUUGAUUUCCACUGUGAUUGACAGCUGCAACUGCUCUGAUUCCAGCGAUAUUGAACUGAGUGAUGACUGGGCUGCGAAAAAGUCUCCUAAAAUCACUAGAGCUAGCAAAUCACCCAAACUUCCCAGAAUUAAUAUAGAAGCUCGCAAAUCUCCGAAGUUGUCACGAGCUGCUCAGGAGAUAUCAAGAUCUCCCAGGUUGCCAAUAAGGAAGCCCUCCAUAGGUUCACCAAACCUAACUCGUAGAGAGUUUCCUUUGGAGGAUAUAACUCAGCACAACUACCUUGCUCAGGUCACAUCAAAUAUCUGGGGAACCAAAUUCAAAAUUGUGGGUUUGGCAGCUUUCCUACCAACUAAUCUUGGUGCAGUUAUAUAUAAAACCAGCUUGCUGCAUCUCCAACCCCGGCAAAUGACCAUAUAUCUUCCAGAAGUGCGGAAGAUUUCCAUGGACUAUAUAAACUUGCCUGUCUUCAACCCUAAUGUUUUUAGCGAAGACGAAGAUGAUUUGCCAGUGACUGGAGCUUCUGGAGUUCCUGAGAACAACCCACCUUGCACUGUAAACAUCCCGAUUGCGCCUAUUCACAGUUCAGCACAAGCAAUGUCACCAACUCAGAGCAUUGGGUUGGUUCAGUCAUUGCUGGCCAAUCAGAAUGUGCAGUUGGACGUCCUUGCCAAUCAGACAACAGCUGUGGCAGCGGCAGAUCAUGUGACAGAUAAUGCAGUCCACUACCCAAUCCCAAGCAGGUACUCCAACCCAGGCCAGGUGAUAUUUGGCGGAGUAGAAAUGGGGCGCAUCAUCCAGGCGCCCCCUCAGUUAUCCCUGCCACCUCAGGGUGCUAUCCAGAUGGCAGUUGUGGACCACAGAGAUGGAGACCGAGACCAUGACCACCUACAAAAAGCUAAAAUGUUACGUCCAGUUCCACAGCUAGCUGAAGGAGAAGCAGCUGUCUUCAGCACUGCCCAAGAAAUUCAGAUGAACAAAAUGAACCCUCCUCCUCCAUACCCUGGAACCAUACCAGCAGCUCCUACCACAGCUCCUCCUCCUCCACCUGUCCCUCCGCAACCUCCCUUGGACCUCUGUUUGAAAAAGGGUGAUUUCCCCCUUUAUUCAGCAGGGCAUUAUCAGACUCCUCUUGGCUAUGAGAGAAUAACCACCUUUGACAGCAGCGGGAAUGUUGAGGAGGUAUGCCGACCUCGGACGCGGAUGCUGUGUACCCAGAACACAUACACUUUGCCGGGUCCUGGCAGCUCUGCUACCUUAAGGAUCACUUCAUCAGAGAAGAAGAUUCAGCAGCCCUGUACCAGUGCUACCCUGAACAGGCUCACGGUUCCACGCUACUCCAUUCCAACUGGGGAUCCACCGCCAUACCCAGAGAUUGCAGCCCAGCUCUCUCAGGGCCGUGGCCUCACGCAGAGGCUGGACAAUAGCAUCAUCCAUGCCACUCUGCGGAGGAAUAGCAGAGAGGCAGCACUGAAAAUGGCUCAGCUGGUCGACAGCCAGAGAGCCACUCUGCAGCUUCCGCCAAAACUAAAGAGCAACGUUGUGGCCGCCCAGUACCAGCCAAGGGUGCCGACAGCACUAUACACCUGCAGUCAGUGCAGCAGCAAUGGUGGCAGCAGCAACACUAACAGUGGAUGUGGGAACAUCAAUAGUGCCAACACUAACAGCAGCACUUCUGGCAUCAGCAGCAUGAGGCCAGAUGUAACAAUGGGGAGCAGCUCUCAGCACAGCUCUGUUAUCGCACAUUCGGUCAGUACUUCACCUUUGGCCUCACAGUCCUCUUACAACUUGCUGAGCCCACCUGACAGCUCUCGUGAACGGACAGAUUAUGUAAACUCUGCCUUCAUGGAGGACGAGGCUCUCUCUCAGCACUGCCCAGUGGAGAAAUCAAUGCGCCAUGUCCCUAUAGCCAUGGCAGAGCCUGGCAUUGGUGUAAAAAGACCACCCCCCUACCAGUGGGAACCGAUGGUGAGUGAGGAAAUAUGGGUUCCUCAGGAAAGGACAGCUCCGAGUACUUUACCUAACCCUGUUAAACCUGCCCCUCUAGUAAUUGGUCAAGCUCAGCAUCUGGAUAUAUCCCGAGCACCAUUUGUUUCCCCCAAAUCUCCAACCAGUCCCACUACCACCUUCCAGAUGAGUUACGGAGUUGGAGCCCCAUAUGUAGGGAGCUACAGUGUUCCUCCUCCUCCACCUACUCCUCUUCAAGGAAUGCAGGUCCCCUGUUCUCCCAAAGAAGCUCUGGCCCCACCCCAGAUUGCACAACAGGAACCAACAGUUGUGCUUCAGCCAGGUUAUCCCUCUAACCUCUCUUAUUGCCCCUUGCCCCCCAUGUACCCUGGAAAUAGCACUUGCUCGAGUUUACAGCUGCCACCAAUGGCCUUGCACCCAUGGAAUUCCUACAGCACAUGCCCACCUGCUGUGCAAAGUGCUCAAGGCACUCUGCCCCCCAAGUCACUACUAGUGGUGGAGAAACCUGUUAUGUCUCCACCACAAGCAGAGCCUCAAGGUCACGUGGGUACAGAUGCGAUGGCAGAGACAGCGGACAACUUCCAAGAAGUACUCUCCCUGACAGAAAGCCCUGUUCCUCAACGGACAGACAAGUUUGGGAAGAAGAAUCGGAAGCGGCUGGAUAGCCGAGCAGAUGAAGGAAACAUGCAGGCUAUCACAGAGGGAAAGGUCAAAAAGGAGGCGAGGACAACGCUGACCGACUUCAACUCGCUGAUCUCCAGCCCUAGACUGGGCAGGGAGAAGAAGAAGGUCAAAAGUCAGAAGGACCAGCUGAAGUCAAAAAAGCUGAACAAGAUUAACGAAUUUCAGGACAGUUCAGAAAGUGAGCCUGAACUGUUUAUUAGUGGGGAUGAACUGAUGAAUCAGAGCCAGGGCAGUAAAAAGGGGUGGAAAACCAAAAGGAACUUGAGGACUGCCAGUGAACUGGAUGAAUUUAAGUGCCGGAAAGCAAACGAAAAGGAGGACGGACGGCUGGGAAGCCAGGGCUUUGUGUAUGUAAUGGCCAACAAGCAGCCCUUGUGGAAUGAGGCAACCCAAGUCUAUCAGUUGGACUUUGGAGGGCGAGUGACCCAAGAAUCUGCAAAAAACUUCCAGAUUGAGCUGGAAGGGAGACAGGUCAUGCAGUUUGGGAGAAUUGAUGGCAAUGCUUACAUUUUGGACUUUCAAUAUCCAUUUUCAGCGGUGCAGGCCUUUGCGGUAGCUCUGGCUAAUGUGACUCAACGCCUCAAAUGAAAGGAGAACAAGCAUGAAGAGAGGAAAACUUAAUAAGUCUUUCUGCAUAAGGGACAACCCAGGAAGUGUCAGGGAGGCCUGGUAGAGAUGUGCAAACAAUGCUGAGAGUGAAGAAGCGCAACUGAAAAAUGUCUCUGAUUGCCUGAAAGAGGGCAUCAACUUUAAACGUUAUUGGGGGUGGGGGGCGGAGCUUUUUGGUUUGGGUUUUCUUUUCUUUGAAUCAACAUUGUGCUGGUUUUCAGAGCAAGCAAAGGAUGAGAGCUAUUCAGUGUUAUGUUGGGAAAUGUGGCUUUUGGCUUGUUGUGAUGGUUCUUCUGUGUUUGCUGCAAAAAAAAAAAAAGCUGAUGUAAGCCAAUAGGGGGAUUUUAAAAGACUGCCCUUCUUUUUCUUUGUUUCUUUUAUAGACUGCCUUAUAUCAUGCUGUUCUUUUUGAAGCAGGGAACGUAUCUCUCCCCACCCCCACCUCUCGGACCACUUUGGACUAUUAUAUCAAUAGUAACCCUAAAAAAGCAAAGAAAGAAAGAAAGAAAAUGCUAUAAUAUACUUGAAGACACAUGUUUCUUUUCUGAUAACUGAGCACUGUAGGCAACAUGGAGAUUUUUCAGAAGUCCAUACUCAGUUUCUAAAAUGUUGUUCAGAAGAAAGAAAUGAAAUUUACUUUUGGGGUGGUUUGCAAAAGUUGAAAAGGUUAGUUUUGUUUUCUUUCUCUGUGUACUGUGACCUAGGUUACGAGUUCUGUACCAGAAGAGUGGAGAAUGGGACGCAGGAAGAGAAGGGAAUGAUGAGGAAUGCAGAUAUACAAGUGUUGACUUAUAAUACUUGUACUAGUUUUGGUACAAAUUUGUGGGGUAGAUAGAUACGACCUGAUGUGGCACUUAGGAAAAAGUUACAUCUGCUGCUCCUCACUUCUGAUGUUUUCAGUGGAAUAAGUAUGAACACACCCAGUGAUUAGUCUGAGUUCCACAACACUAUAGUUCUAAUUGGGAAGGAUGGGGCAUCAGCGGAAGUAUUUCCUGUCUCAAUCAGGAAUUUCCUGUAUCAAUGGUUUCUCAUAGGCAGCCUCACUGGAACUGGAUUUCUGGAUGAACUCAAGCCCUGAUAUAAGGGCCAUUGUUACCAGUGAGCAAGGUUGCCAUUUUUUUUUAACUGACCCUGCUCUUGUGCCUUUAGCAGAUGUGCAAUAAGUGAAAAAUUAGCAGGUAGAAGUUUUUCUUGCCAUAUUACUGCAUGUCAUUAAGAGCUCUGCCUGCUUAAUUUCUGUAUGCCAGGCUGUGGUUAAUGGCAGAGGAGCAAGGCCAGUUAAAAAAAUUUUAAAAGCCAACACUGCUAGGAAGUUCUGGGAGCAAUUUGCUUGGAGGACUAGCAGGCUGGAUUUGUGAAUAGAUUCACCACAGACAGAGUGUUGAAGAGAUAAUCCAGAGUUUGUUCAUUUUUACCUUUUUGGGAUGGUUUGUAAAAGUUUAAAAAGUUGAUUUUGUUUUAUUUCCUUGUGUACUGUGAUCUGGGUUAGGAAUUCCAUAGCAGAAGAGUGAAGAAUAGAGGGUGGGGAGAGAAGGGAAGGAUGAGUCAUGCAGAUAUAUGUGUGUUGACUUAAAUCAUUUAUACUGGAGGGAAUCAGUGCUGAAACAGUCUGAGAGGGCUGGAUGCAGAGAAGUGACAAGAGGGAGGGCAGGCUAGAGGCAAAUAUAGCUCAGAAUAAAGGGAGCCAGGCAUGGCCAAAGUUUGCUGUACCCAAUCAAAGGCCUAGACCUGACCUAGAAGUAUUUCUAGCCAGUCUAGGUUAGGGAGGAUCAGUGGGUUGUUGGGAGAGGAGCCCAGGAAAGAGAAUACUUGCUCUUCUCCAUCUGUUCUGCAAGCCUGGAGUGGCUCACCAUCAUGGGUGUUAAUGUAGAGGCUAGAAAGUUCCCAGUUUAAGUCCACCUGUCUAUGGGUACCCUGCUGAAAAGGAAAAAAGAAGAGUUGGGAAGUACGUUUCUUUACCCUGUCCUACAGUCAAAGCAUGUCGUCUCUGGCUGUAAAUUGGAAUGGGCAAUGCUCCAGAAACUGGAUUGAAAGCCAGAAGUAAUAGAGAACAUAAUGGUUUCUUUAAUCAACUUUGCAUACUAAGAGCGACUGUUUCUACCUGAUGGACUCCAAUUAUAUGUCAGUGCCGUGGCAUGUAAUUUAAAAGAGUUGAUUUUAAGAGAGAGUGUGAAUCUGUUGGCCUGUAUUAUGCUCCUAUAUUUUCCUGGAUUUGAGCUGGAAAUUUUCACCAGUAAAUGUAUGCAAACCAAAAUAUAUUUUAUGAAAGUGAUUUUCACAUCAGGUAGCAAAGUUUUAACUGUAGUUUCCUGGUAAAUGUUGAUAUAGAAAUGUGUAAAUUGGUGUGGAGACUGUGAUGGUGACUCCCUCCUUGUUCAGUAUUACUUAUUUUCCAAAAAUCCACCACAAACAUAUUUACUUAGAAAGGAAAGAGGGUGGGAGGACCCAAGCAGGUAAAAUGAAUGCUUUUUUAAAAAAAAGUAAUUGGGUCAAGCAGGAAAUUCUUAGCAAGUUGUCUUCAUUCUGUUGUUCUGCACAGAAGGUGUGUUAGCAAAUUGUUUCUCUAGGAGAAGGAUAAAACAGUUGUGUGCUCUAAAAUAAUCCAAAUUUUGUGCCAAGAUAUCUCAAAUUCUGUACCACAGAAAACUCUGAAUUCAGCGUAGCUAACCAUAUGUUCAUACAUCUGGUUCACACACAAUUCUUCUGUUAAUGUUGUGGGGUGGAGUGAGGGCCAAAGAACUGAGUAGGGCACAAAAGCCCUUUCUGCAACCUACUGAUCUCUUACCCCUGCCUCUAGCUUCUGAAAAUUCAUCAAGCAUUAUUCUCACACUUUCAAGCCCAUUUUCACAGGCUGAAAGACUAAAAACUCAUGUUUCUAAAGUACAAACAAGCAAGUAAAAGCUGCAAUACUCAGCAUGCUAAAUUCAUACCCAAUACAAACUCUGUACUUCUACCAUGAUCACGGAAUCACAACAUACAGCCCUAACAACUAUAAACUGUUGAUAAUUCCUGCCCCACUUGAAGCUUUGUGUUUCGUAUAGCAGUGCUUCCCGAUACAUGCACAUUUGGGGAGAAACCAGUGUGUUUCUUGUGCUCACUCAUCAAAUGCAACUUAAUACUCUUCCCCUGAAGAACUGGUACAAAGCACCUAAGUCUGUCUAGUGCCCGUUGCUUAUGAAUAAACUAGUCCUCCCUUCCACAGUUAAAAGAUAGAUUAGCUUAGUAUUUAUUAGCUUUCCCUUCCUUCACCCCGUUACACUUCCACCUGUUGUCUGCACAAAAUGAUUCCAAUAGCUUUGAGUCAAUGGUGCCCUUGUUUAAGGGAAGGCACUUCUGUUCAUGCAAGAGGAAGUCCCUAAUUUCCACCAGUUUUCCGCUCCCAACUGCAGCCCUGCUCAAUUGCUCAUACCACAUCCACUGCUGUUCCAGAGGGAGCCCUGUCCCUAGAUGUGGCUUGUGGGAGGAGGUGGUUACAGCAGAAAGGAGGAAGUGAGAAAGCUCUGUUCCAUGAGGAGAACUCUGCUUAUGGUUUGUAGGAUGCAGGCAAAUAUCUCCCUGAAAGAAAAAUCAUCACCUGCUCACUUUCUGUAUGUUAGGAUACUGGUGAAGGUGCAGAAGGUCCAAUAAUAAUACAAGGUGUAAUCCUAGUUCUGAAAAAUCAAAUUGUUUUAUAUGUGGUUUCUAACAGUUCUGUAUGAUUUUUAAACAAGGGUUGUUGUUUUUUAAAGUUGGGUAACUUAUGUUACCAGCCAAAGGGUUUAAUUUUAAGAGAGUUUUUGAAGUUAUUCUAAAGGAUCCUUUAGUGCUGAUUUCCUGUUGUGUUCAACAGGUGUAUUGUUUGUUAUGUAUAAUGUAAUAAGUGACAUUGGGCUGCAUUUAUUAUUGUGUACAAAGAAUUGAUACAUUCUUAUUUAUAUGGAAAAGGCAUUUUUGUAGUUGCUUGCUGGCAACAUGUUUUGCUGCAGGACACUGCAAGAAAGUAUUCUAGGCUUCUGGGUGUGUUUUUUUUUUUUGUUUGUUUGGUUUUUUUUUUAACCCCGAUUUAGUUACAAUGCUUUUUUUUUUUAAGGUUUGGAAAUAUUUUUUCCCCUUUUAGGUAGCUAAUGAGAUUUUUUUUUUAAUUGCGACUACCCUCAAAACUCUCUCUCUCUCUCCCUGCAGUUGCAAAGCUAACUGAUACUGGUUCAAUAGAUAGAAAUCCUCUCUCUUCAUCUCAGAAUUCCUGCCUGCUGAUACUGUUCUUUCUCUAGGCCCUGUGUGAUGUUUUCCACAACCCUCCUCCUUUUUCCUUGGCCCCGACCCAUUCCCCCUUUCUUCAUGGACCCUCUGCCCUCCUGUCUUCCCAGCUCCUGUCUCUCCAGCCAUCCUGCAGCACUCUCCUGUCUCUUGACCUUCUGUGAAGCUUUUCCCUAUAGCCCAUUUCCUGCAGUCAGUCAGGCAAGAUAAGGGAGGAGAGGCUGGCAGGCCUGGGAGCCUCCAGUAUGAAUGGAGGAAGGAGGGAGGGAAUGGAAGAUGUUAGCAUUUUGCCACUGCCAUCAGUGUCUAGGGGUAAAUCAUGAGUGGACUGAGAUGAGAACUAUCACUGCAAGGGCAGCAGUGGGAAAGAUGAUGACAGUUUCCCUGGACUUCUGUUAAUUGUCACCUUCUUUCUCUAGUCAACUAGCAGCCUAAGUAACACAGCAUUCAACUAUCCUCUCUGCUUUCUUCAGCAACUUUCCCUUUUUAGAAUAUAGACUAUUCCACAGCUUUAUGUAAGAGCAAAAGAAAUUGCAUUCUCCAUGCAUGUGGUGGUAUGGUCAUGGUUGCUCAAAGGCAGACACUAAGCUCCUUCCUGUGCAUCUGAAUAAUAGGGGACAGGAGAAGAGGCUGCAAUCGAGAAAAACAUUGGGAGAAGAAACCCUGCAGGGGAGUACAUGCUUUCCUUUGGUGUAUACGGAAGAAGAUGAGAGGUUGCAGUCAAAACAUCCACUUGGAUGGGACCCUUUGUCCUCCUCCCAUUACUGAACAUGCUGCUGACAAGAUGAGGGCAAGUGCCCCCUCAGUGGUUUCCUAAUUGCUGCCUUACAUAAAACCAUUCAUGAAUGCACUGUGGCCAGAACUUUGGUCACCAUGCAUAUUCUGAGGCUGCAUCUGCAACCAAAGAUAAAAACUAGUUUGAGAAUCAGUAGUGCUGGGGAAAGGCUAAUUAGAUUAAGAAACAGAUAAGAGAAUUCUGGUCAUGGAUAUUCCUUAAUUGGAUACAAUUUAUUCUGAGGCAAUAGAGUUAGUCCUGAUUUAUGAUAUGGAAUUGAGUUUUUAAAUUCAAGCUCAUUUGAAACAGCUGUGUCUGUACUGUGAGUUGGUUAUGUGACUGGUGGCAUUUAGCAGAACUACAUGCAUUCAUCCUAGAAACAUUCUCAACAUUUCAUCUGAAAUAUCACAGAAUAAAACCCAAGGGGCAGUAGUCCACAUCUUAACUAUGGGCCAAUACAGUGUCUGGAAACAUACAAUGGGAAACACAAAUGCAGCAGUAAUUAAAACCAACACCAAAAUUUGUUCUGUUGGUUCUUUUUAAAGUUCCUGUUUCUGCAAAACGGUCUACAAAUGAAGGAAGUUAAGCAUAGAGCCCAGCAGCAUAAGAGCAAUCUGAAUCAUUAGUAUCGGUUUGCCCAGGUCAUUGCAUGUGGAGAAAAAGGACUUCAGACGGCAACUUAUUGGAGAGAAAUAAGCUCUGUUGUCCUCUCGCUCCCCCAGUUAAUGUUUGUAAUACAUGUUUGUGAAAACUCUCCUAAUAAAUUGUCUUAAAAGUCAAUCUUGUUUAAGUUAAUUUAUGUUUUGCCUUCCUAAACUUGAAAUUAUUCUUUAUGUGAACCCCUAGGAAUGCAGGAUUCAGGCCAAACAUUAAGCUUUUCAUUUGAAGGGAAGUCUUGGAAGAUGUACAGAAAAGUCAAGUGUAUUGGUGAUGUGGAUUGUUUUUGUUGUGCUCGUGAAACAGAAGGCAAGGCAAACUAAUCAAGUACGAGGAUAGAAUAUGGCAUCAGUAAGGCCAUGUUUCCUAUUAAACUCUGCAAUCUUAGGCUCCAGCUCUGCAGUACAUUUGAACAAGCUCGGUUCCUUCCCUUGUCCCCUAUAUCUCUAAAGAAUUUCAUUGAACUCAGGGGUCUACGAGAUCCCAGUGCCUUUUGGUGUCUUGGAGAGCCAUUAGUAUCUUAUUAGGCUGUUCUGCAGGGGAAUGAUCUCAGCUAGUUGGCUAGUCCUGGCUUCCAGGGAGCAAAGUGCAGUAUCUUGUGUGAGUGGGAUACAUCUUAAGGCCAAUGUCAGUGUUACAUUUCCUACUAGCAUCUUUAAAACCUGUAUAUGGAAGUAGAGCGAAAAUGCUACAAGACUUGAUUACAUCUUUGCAGUAGCAGAAUAAGCAGUCCUAAGUCUGGCAUAUAGAUAGUAAACAAGUCUUAAGAAGCUUUUCUGAUUACAUAUGGCAGGUUUGGACCGGAGCUUUCUGACAUUAUAAAGGUUUGCAUCUAGCCAUUUUCUCCCUGUUUCACACAUUAUAUGCAGGCAAACCCAAGUUUGCCACCAAGGAACUGCUGCCAGUCAAGACUCCCUGACAAGCAUACUCAGAGGUGCUCUUACCCCUGGACUUCGGGGCCAAAGUCCAGGGCCUCCACAGCCCCUGCCCCCCCCAAUCCUCUUUAGUCUGUCCCAGGUGGUGUGGUCGCCCGUCCAAGCAUGAUGAUGCUUAAUUUUCAGGGUAGGGAGGCCUCCAAAGGCCUUUAGGUACAGGCUCCAAAAUUAUUUAGGUGCACUUCUGAGCAUACUGGUAUGAUAUAUGUGUUUGCAAAUGUGUUUGUCCCAUUCACAGUUAACAUCUCGGGUGCUCUCCUGAAACAGUCGUGUGAAAUUGCCCUCACCUACAUCUGAAAAGAUACAAAUUGGAGAAGUAAUAUAUUGCAACUGUUCUUUAUACUGUACAAGCUGAAUGUCUGGCAGUGGCUUAUAGAUUUGAGUGUGCUGAAGAGCGAAUAGGGCUAUAUCUCCUUCCAAUACCUUUGUGCAUAUGUGCCACUGGAACUUGUACUGAUGCCUUAUGGUGAUGUAACUUCUAGCAGGGCAAUAUAGUCAUACUCAGUAGUUGGUCAAAUCAUUCUGUCCACACUUCUCGUCAACAAAGAUGCUGGGACAUGAUAAGUUGGGCGUUCUGUUCCUUAAGAGAAAGUAACCAUUUUCAUAACACCAUUGGAAGAACUGGGUUACUCAAGCACAUUUUCAAAUUGCAUUCAAACAUGUGAGUCUAUUGAAGCCCUGUUGUUUUGCACCAGUUCCAAAUUUGAGGGCAUGAGUGCAAUACAGUCUGAUUCCUGUUUAGGCUUUUUGGAACCAAUGCAUAAAAUUUAAAACAUUGUCACCUGACAGAGGCAUUUUGGAGAGUUAGGAAGGUCUUCACUUGUUGAACGUUUGCUCUGUCUUAUCAAUGGUUGUCUCAGGGGGCCUUCAAGUAGUGUGUUAAGAUAAAAUGGACAAACCUGCAAGAAAUAGUAGAAGGUCCUUGUAUUUCCAGUGUUUUGCUAAAACAGUGUUCAGUGAGCUCCUGUCAUAAUUCCCACUGUUUUCUUUUCAAGUUGCUAUUCAGACCUGUAAGUCGGUCUCUCUUCUCCCACCUCUCGUUUCCAUUUGACCUUCUGUUCUGUUCUUCCUAUCAGUAUGUGUGUCUUUUCCUCUCCUGUUCUUUAGUGGGGGCGAGUUUUAAGAUCUUGCUGUUUGUUAUAGAUACUAUUUUUUGUAUUGUGGACUUGCAUGGGGAUACAUUUGGUUGAAAAGGCACUGUAGUCUUUACUGGAAAGGGGUGUUUUAAUGUUGCAUUUGUUUAUAAAUGCAUUACUUUGGUACUGUAACUUUGGACAUUGUUUCUGAAUUUAUUACUAUCCUUUUUACAUUUUAGUUCAGAGAUAUUUUUUCUCCCUUAGGGGGGGUUUGGGUGUUUUUUUGUUUGUUGUUUUUGUUUUUGCAAUUUUAACAAGGGGUUGGUAAUUAGGUGUAUGGGUUUCCUAACCAUGCAAAACCUGCAUGAUAUUCUCAGUCCUGUGGAGAAUAUGGUACACUUCUCUGAUGACUGCACUAUACCUACAGUAUUUUUAAAUGGCCUUUUGAAAAUCAUGAGAGUUUUUUUGAUGUCAUCCAGACCUAGGUUUUCAUUGUAAUUAUAAACCUUGCCCUGACCUGCCUCUCCUGUAAUGUGCCCUGUGUAAUAGAUUGUGCGGAAGAUACCUAGAAAGCAUUAUAUGGUUUCCCUUUAAAUAAUGUGAUUUAUCCAAACUUUUGACUGUCUACAUGAUUGAGAUGGGUCAGUUGCCCUAUUUUCCUUGAUGAUUUGGAAUUGUAAGAGUUGUCCAGGUGUUGCUUAUUAAAUUUUUUGCAAACUGGAGAA